AUGGUGGAAAAAACAGGAUUUAGAUCGCGCAAAAGAAGAUCUGCAAGAGCUUGCGAGGUUUGCCAUGCUCGAAAAGUGAGAUGUGACGCACAUGUAAGAAUGCCAUGCACUUCUUGCCAGACGUUUGGUUUGGUUUGUAGACUCCGAGUGGUGAAAAGAGCACAACGAAGCACCACAGGGGAGUUUGAAAACGCUGGUGAUACAAGAACGGUGGAUGUAGGAGGAGGAGGAGGAGAAAGGGAAGGAGGACAAGCGGUCACCGCACCAUCAGCAGCUAACGCUGCUGACGCUGCAGCUGCUACUGCUGCCACUGGCCCUGGCCCUGCCCCAACUCACUCCUCACAAACCGUCAAAGAAACGGUUUCCAACGGCAUGUCCUACGGUGACGAUUACCUACGUAAAAGAGGCGUGGAACCCGGCGUUUUCGUCGACGCAGAACGUAGAGAUCGAGACCGCGUACAUGUGUAUUUCGGCUCCUCCAGUUUUCUCAGCUUACUCACAGGCUCGUCCUUCCCAGACGAAUCGCAUUUCGUUUCGGCGCAAAAACUCCGGCUCACGCUGCCCCGUGGGGGCGAAGGUGCCCCGCGUGUAGCCAACAUGGAAAUGCUACGCAUCUCCGGAGCGUUUUUGUUUCCCUCCAAGACCAUCUGUGACGAACUCGUCGAUCUCUAUUUCAACUGGAUCCAUCCACUCAUGCCCGUAAUGGACCAAACCGCUUUCCGCAAAGAAUACGAUUCCAACACUUGCUCCAUCUUUCUCUUACAAGCCGUGUUAUGCGUCGCUGUCAAACUUUCCAAAAAUCCGCAACUCAUGGACAAGGACAAUUCCACAGAUUUGGCUUCCAAUAUCUUCUACGAGCGUGCCAAAUCGCUCUACGACGGUAGAUACGAAGAAAACGAAAUUCCUUUGCUUCAAGGUAUGAUCCUGCUUAGCAAACAAGCCUUCCACGAAAAAAACCUAAUUCAUUCGCCCUUGUAUUUCAUGAAAAGUGCUGUAACCGUAGCGUUCACCCACGGUCUUCAUCGCUCCACCGAUUUCCAUCCAAAUUUGACCAAUAACGAAAAAAGGACCCGCAAACUUAUUUGGUGGAUCCUGUACACCCUCGACACUUUUGCAUCCAUCUCCAUCGGCAGACCGCAGGCCAUCAACCUCGAAGACUGCGAUAUCCCGGUUUUGACCCACGACGAUUUUGCAUUCGACCAACAAGAUCCUCGUCAUUCCCAUCCUUUAGACUAUCGCGAUUGUGUCAUCAGCACCGUUCAAAUCGCAGAAAUCAUGUCUCGGAUCUCACGAGAACUUAAUACGCCCAGGGCCACCCACAGCGAUAAAAGAGGUCUUAUCAGACACUUCGAUAUCAUUCUUCAACACUGGCGUAAAAAUUUACCAUCAACUUUGAGUUACAACUCCAACGCCGAAAUCUUUACCAGGCAUUCUUUACCCAAGGCCUUUGUCAAUGCUUUUUACUACAAGGCGCUAUGUCUUUUGCAUAAAUCUAACAUCCACGAUAUGGAAGCUGCCAGUGACGAGCAGUUUGUCUCCGCAGGUAUCGCUUUCCAAGCCGCGCAUUCUUUGAGCUUGAUAGGUCAAAUUCUACUGGAUCGAAAUGAAACGGGUUACUUAUACGUGGGACACGCCUACUGCUUCUUUGAAGCCAUGAUCAUCUUCGUGCAUCAUAUGCACGACCCGGAUUCCAUUUUCAAGGAAAUCGCUCUCAAAUGCUAUCAUGUUUUAGAAAGAGUACUCUUCGCACUUGGGAAACAAUGGAAUUCUUGCACUCUACUCAGUCAAGUGCUUUUCGCUUUUGGUCAAAAUCCAGAAUACAUUCGCGCUGUCAUUGCGCGUUUCAAAGCCAAAUUAAAGAAUCAGAAAAACCCUUCCAUACCCAUCGAGGUUCCAAGUCCGGCCCGCAGUCUCGACCUAGAGCUUCAAAAGCUUUCCCCACCAAAUGCUACAAAUUGGAAUAGUCCGCCUUUACAGCAGCCUGCUGGGAUAAAAGAGCCAAAUCAACCCUACAACAUGUAUGCGCCAUUCACAUCGGGGAACCCACAUUUGCCCCAACCUGUCCACGAUCCUAGCGUGAAGUAUCCUCCAUACAUGGCUUACAAUGCGCCGAUUUCGUCUUACGGGGCUACAAUACCACCUUCUUUCCCAUUACCAGGGUCACCGCGGGACUUCAGCUUUACCACCACUGAUAUACCGUAUGAGGUUCCGUCUACCCAAAAUUUCGACCCACAUUUAUUGUUUCCAGACGUUUCUCAACCUUUGCCCGCAGAUUUCCAUUUCGAUAACUAUGCCCAGAUUCCUCAUGAUUCUAUUCUCGAAAACGAAGCUGCCAUUCAUCCCGAUGCUUCGCAAUCGAAUCUCGUAAACAAUCCGGCCAUGGCAUACACCUCUGGCUCUGAGAUUCACAACACACCAAAGAGACAUUCAGAAUUGCCCGAGGAUAGAGUACAAACACCAAUUGAAAAAACUUCCAUUCCUCUUCCACCAGGAUUUUGGGAUAGCGUACAAGUUAAUUUCAACUUUUUCAAAAGUCCUCACCAGAGCACUCAGCCUUGGCCUGUCUACUCUCGAAGCGAAGCUGCAAAUCUUGGUCCUCCGUUGAAUGAUGUUGAUCAUAUCUGA